AUGACUUUUUUCUCAAAGUGCAAAAAUUACAUACUUGAAAAAUGGAGACACAUAGAAGAUGCAUUUUUCAUAGGGUGCAUAGCUCUUCAGUAUAAUUGUGAUACAGGAGAUUAUUUUACGCCAGCUUGUAUAGCAAGUGUGGCUGGAAUUUAUUUGUUCAUAAAGACAAUCUAUGAAUUGUUCGAUGGGUUCAAAGGGGAUGAUGACAAGUCAUUUACCGUUUUUGACUUUCUCAAAACACUCCUUGUUGUAGUUCAUAUAUUCGUGUAUUUUCUUUCGUUUGUUACAAUCUGCGAGGUUACUAGAGAGAGAGGAAAAGGAGGAUGGUCCUACGGGGUAGAUGCCAGGUCAUUAAUAGCUACUCAAACGUUAUACAUGUUUUUGGUAUCUCAAUCGAUUAUGGCAAAUAUCAGCACAAAUUCUGUUAUCGAAGUUUUUCGUGGUGUUCUAGGAUUUUAUGAAAUAGUGACCCUUUCGAGCAUCAAAAACGACAAAGACUACGGAAAACUCUUGGAUUUAACAUAUCCUAUGAUCUUUUCAUUUCUUCCUUUCGUCUUGGGAGAAGCUUCAUCGUUAAUAAGCAAAUGGCUCUUUCAAAACAAGCUAUCAGAAUAUACUCCAAGGGUUGCCAAAGCAAUCACAGUUAUUGCUGCUGUUAUGUGCACAGUUGUAGGUAUAUAUGGGGUGUUUGUAAUGUUAAACGUUAUGGGAAAUAUUACUCCUGUUGAAGUAAAGGUGGAAUCUGAACAGAGCACACACGGAAUCAAAAAAGCCUUUAAUAGAGUACUCAGAAAUGCGGUGGGUGAAACAAUAGGUAUGCUCGGAUCGAUGUUCGUGACUAAAAGGGUUGUUACAAAAUAA